AUGGCAAACAGAGAGUGGGGAAAUCAAACCGUGAAGGAAUUCCUCCUUCUAGGAUUUGGGAAUCUCCCGGAAGGGCAGACUCUUCUCUUCCUGCUGUUCCUAGUGAUCUAUUUGGUGACUAUGGGUGGGAACAUCCUCAUUGUGUUGCUAGUGGUGGCCGAUCGGCACCUCCACACCCCCAUGUACUUCUUCCUGGGGAACUUGUCCUGCUUGGAGACCUGCUACAGCUCCACCCUCCUGCCCAGGCUGUUGGCCAGUCUCCUGACGGGGGACAGGACCAUCUCGGUGGAGGGCUGCAUCAUACAGUUGUAUUGCUUUGCUUGUCUAUUAGCGACGGAAUGUGGACUCCUCGCCGUGAUGUCUUACGAUCGGUAUUUAGCAGUAUGCCAACCCCUACAUUACGUGGCGCUAAUGAACGGUAGGUUCUCCCUCCAGCUAGCAGUUGGGUCUUGGCUAAGUGGCUUCAUAGCCAGUACCAACACGGCCUGUUGGAUGUCUCAGGUGACUUUCUGUGGCCCCAACAAAAUUGACCAUUUUUUUUGCGAUCUCACCCCAUUGCUCAAACUGUCCUGCAGUGACACCAGGCUGAUGGCUCUGGUGAUCUUCCUCAUCUCCAUGAUAUUUAUUCUUCCUCCAUUUCUCUUAACCCUGACAUCGUACCUCUGUAUCAUCAGCACCAUCCUGAGAAUCCCUUCCAGCACCGGGAGGCAAAAGGCCUUUUCCACGUGUUCCUCCCAUCUCAUCGUGGUCACAAUGUUCUAUGGGACCCUGAUCGUUGUCUACAUGAUCCCAGACGUGGCUGAGCUGCAGGACCUGAACAAAUUGUUCUCCGUCUUCUACACCGUCCUGACCCCCCUGGCCAACCCCCUCAUCUACAGCCUGAGAAACAUGGAGGUCAAGGAGGCCCUGAAGAACGCGCUAAAAAGACUGUGA